AAGUUCACCUCGUUUUACGUCUCUCCACUCUGGUCUACGGCACCACCGGGGCUGCAGAGCAGAAGAUAGAUUAGCUUCUCUCCUCCUGUUACAUCCCGGGACUCCUUCAUUUAGAAAGAAGAGUAUAAGCAGACAGGUGUGGUUGUAACGCGUUCGUGUUCACGCUACAAGGAUCAGCUUCCACCACGUGUUGCGGCAGGAAGCGGUGUCUUCUCCGGGCAUGUUAAGCAACGGUAGCUAACAGCAGCACUCCCUCCUCUGCGUGUAGCCUCGUCUCAGCUGCUUCUCCGGCAGGAUCCGUCCUUUGUGUUUCUCUUAAUCAGCCAUUCUGCACAUUGUCUUACGAACAUGCCCAUUCAGCUGACAAGCCAGGCGUACUGCAAAAUGCUGCUGCAUGCGGCCAAGUACCCGUGCUGCGCUGUGAACGGGCUGCUGGUGGCAGAGAAGAGCAAGGAGAGGAAGAAGGACAGCCAUGGGGAGACGGUCCUGUGUGUGGACUGUGUGCCGCUGUUCCACGGAACCCUGGCUCUGGCUCCGAUGCUGGAAGUAGCUCUAACACUGAUCGAUACUUGGUGUAAAGAAAACAAAUAUGUCAUUGCUGGAUAUUAUCAAGCAAACGAACGCACAAAGGAUUCAAGACCUAACCAAGUAGCAGAGAAAGUAGCUGCCAGGAUUUGUGAGAACUUCCAUGAUGCAGCGAUUGUCAUGGUGGACAGCAGUAGAUUAACAAUUAGCUGUUUCGAGCCCAUUGUGCUCAUCUACGAUCAUCAUGAAAACAAGUGGAAAAGCAGAGAAGUGACAUCUGAAACUUUUGAGGACUGGAGCGAAGCACAGAAGAUCACAUCUGCACUGUUAGAGGGCAGGUCCUACGAAACUCUGAUUGACUUUGAUAAUCAUUUGGAUGAUCUCAGGAACGACUGGACCAACCCUGUGAUCAACAAGUCCGUCCUGGAUCUCUGCUAAGACCCUCAGUCAACAGCAACCUGGACACACACACACACAAAUAUUGCUGCCAUUUCAGCGUGCAUGAUGCUACUUGCUGUGUAGCACAGAUGUACAUAAAUGCUGAACAUGUCGUCUUUGUUCCAUCAGAAGGUUCCAGCUCUGAUGGGAACAUGUGGAGUCCUGACCAGUCUGGCCAAAAUCUCUUAAGGGCAAGCACCAUAUGUGCACUGUUUGCAUAUGUCCGCCUUUACAAGGUGCUGCUGAGGUGGGGGAAGGAGAUUCUGUUUUUGAAUGGAACUUAAUGCAUUUUGUUGUGUUUAUUAAUAGUUAUGCGCAUAGAGUUAAAUUCUAGAUUAUUUGAUCUAUUUAUCCUCUCAAAUUUUACGGACAGUAACCGUAGAGAUUAAGUCCUAAAUUAUCGAAGAAAUAGAUGAUUUAACUACUGAGAUAUGAGAUUAAUGACAAUGUUCUUUAUUCAAUUUUCAUUUUUUUUUAUAAACCUUAAACUAAAUCCCCAUGUCAAAGUGUAGUCUGAGGAUGUCUGUGUGAAAUUUGAUCACAAAAAAAAUAUAAACUAAUGAAAAAACAUAGAUUACAUAGAAACAAAGAGCCAGGAAUCGUUUAAGGUUUUGUAUUAUUGGACUUGAAGUAACAUGGCAGCUGGAGUCACUCUGGAUGCACCAGCACUAACAGAAGGUUGUUGAUUUAAGAUAUUUGAGUUUUAAAUCAUUAAUGCAAACAUUUCUAUAAUGCAUGUCUCAGAACAUCAGUCUCAGUGAAAUAUUAUCAAAUUGAUUGAUUGUUGCUUUGAAGAUUAGCUCACAGCUCCACUGAAUCAGAUCUCAGGGAUGUGUGCAUUUUUGUUGUUGGCUGUCUUAAGAAUUAGAUAUAGUAAUAUAAUUUAUACUUAAUUGACCACUUUAAAUUCAUCUAUUAAAGAAGUACAUUACUAUUUGAAUGAACUAGAAAGAGAUAAUUACUUAUUAAAUUACUGUUGAAAUCACAUUUUUACAGGGACUUUAUAAACUGAAUGUAUAAUGAAACUUUUUUUGUGGAAAUUAUAAAAGUCUUUGUUGAGUUUA